GAUUAAGUUUUCGAGGGACCCCCCUCGACCGGAGUGAUGGUCGUGGCUGUAACGUGCACAUGUUGCUGCUUUGCUUUGCUUUCAACUGAAAUAGAGUGAGGGGAAACGGUCCUGGAACAGCCGGGCAGGCAGCCGUCCAGCGGAAAAACUCACACACAGCCCGCCACCCUGACACACUUUUCAGUUCGCCACCAACGGCAGAGUUGAAUUGUCACGUUGUUUGUUAGUUUUUUUUAUUUUUUGCUUAAAUACAAGCCGAUUUUUUAAUACUACAGAUCAGGCCGAGUACUAUCGGAUGUGAUGUCCAGCUCGCCGCUGUCCAAGAAGCGUCGCGUGUCAGGAACAGAGACGAAGACGGGAUCCCACUGCUCCUCCUCUAACUCUGUCAGAACUGAUCUGUCCCACACACCUGCCAACGGCAUGGCUAAGAAUGGCAAUGAUGCUGAGAUCGAUGAAGGCCUGUACUCCAGACAACUUUACGUGUUGGGCCAUGACGCUAUGAAGCGCAUGCAGAACUCCAAUGUCCUGGUCUCUGGUAUGAGAGGCCUUGGAGUGGAGAUUGCCAAGAACGUCAUCCUUGCAGGAGUUAGAAGUGUCACUGUGCAUGACCAUGGCGUGGCAGAAUGGAGGGACCUUUCCUCUCAGUUUUACCUUCGUGAGGAGGAUCUGGGGAAGAACAGGGCAGAAGUGAGCCAGCACCGCUUGGCUGAACUCAACAACUACGUUCCUGUGACAGCCUACACUGGAGCACUCACUGAAGACUAUGUGACAAAGUUCCAGGUGGUAGUGCUGACUAACUCCACUCUGGAAGAGCAACAGAAUGUGGGAGAGUACUGCCACAGCAAAGGAAUCAAGCUGAUUGUUGCAGACACACGUGGUCUGUUCGGCCAGCUUUUUUGUGACUUUGGUGAGGAGAUGGUGGUUCAUGACACCAAUGGAGAGCAGCCACUGAGUGCCAUGAUUUCCAUGAUUACCAAGGACAAUUCAGGUGUUGUGACAUGUCUGGACGAGGCCCGCCAUGGCUUUGAGAGUGGAGAUUAUGUCACCUUCACAGAAGUCCAGGGUAUGACAGAGCUCAAUGGCUGCCAGCCUGUGGAAAUCAAAGUUCUGGGUCCUUACACCUUCAGCAUCUGUGACACAGCCGGCUUCACAGAUUACGUAAGAGGAGGAAUUGUCUCCCAGGUCAAGAUGCCCAAAAAGAUCGCUUUUAAAUCCUUCUCUUCCUCCAUGGCUGAGCCAGAGUUCAUGAUGACAGAUUUUGCCAAGUUUGAGCGUCCAGGACAGAUGCAUGUGGGCUUCCAGGCUAUCCAUGCCUUCCAGAAGAAACACAACCACCUUCCUGCACCUUGGGGCCAGGCUGAUGGUGAAGAGCUGUUGGCGUUGGCCAAGGAGGUGAACGCAGCCCAGACAGGAGCAGCUAAAGUGGAGCAGUUGGAUGAAGCUCUGAUUAAAAAGAUUUCGUUUCUUGCUGCUGGUGACCUGGCCCCUAUCAAUGCCUUCAUUGGGGGUCUGGCUGCACAAGAAGUGAUGAAGGCAUGCACAGGAAAAUUUAUGCCCAUAAUGCAGUGGCUCUACUUUGACGCCUUGGAGUGCCUGACUGAAGAUGAUGGAUUCAGUCUUUCAGAGGAAGAGUGUGCCCCUAGGAACAGUCGGUACGAUGGGCAGAUUGCAGUGUUUGGCACCAAGAUGCAGGAUAUCCUUGCCAAACAGCGCUACUUCCUGGUUGGAGCUGGUGCGAUUGGCUGUGAGCUCAUGAAAAACUUUGCCAUGAUUGGACUGGCUUGUGGGGAGGGUGAGGUCAUUGUGACAGAUAUGGACACCAUUGAGAAGUCCAACCUCAACAGACAGUUCCUCUUCAGACCCUCAGAUGUCACGAAAAUGAAGAGUGACACCGCUGCUGCAGCAGUGAAGCAGAUGAAUCCAUCCAUCAAGAUCACAGGUCACCAGAACAGGGUCGGCCCUGACACUGAGAGGGUCUAUGACGACGACUUCUUUGAAAGCCUUGAUGGAGUGGCCAAUGCACUGGACAAUGUUGACGCACGUAUGUACAUGGAUCGGAGGUGUGUGUACUACCGUAAACCCCUACUGGAAUCUGGUACUCUUGGUACCAAAGGCAACGUCCAGGUUGUGAUCCCCUUCGUCACAGAGUCUUACAGCUCCAGCCAAGACCCACCAGAGAAGUCCAUCCCAAUCUGCACCCUCAAGAACUUCCCAAAUGCCAUUGAACACACACUGCAGUGGGCCCGUGAUGAGUUUGAGGGCCUUUUCAAACAGCCACCAGAGAAUGCCAUACAGUACCUCUCAGAUCCUAAGUUCAUGGAGCGUACACUGAAACUUCCCGGAGCUCAGCCUGUGGAGGUGCUGGAGGCUGUAUACAAGAGUCUCGUCACAGACUGCCCCCACAGCUGGGCAGACUGUGUAGCCUGGGCACGCAACCACUGGCAGUGUCAAUACAGCAACAACAUCCGCCAGCUACUGCACAACUUUCCCCCAGAUCAGCUUACCAGCUCUGGUGCCCCCUUCUGGUCUGGCCCAAAGAGAUGUCCUCACCCCCUAGAUUUCAGCACUAGCAAUGACCUGCACAUGGACUACAUAAUGGCAGGAGCCAACCUGUUUGCCCAGACAUACGGUUUGCCGAGCUGCAAUGAUCGUGCAGCUGUGGUCAAGCUGUUGCAGGAGAUAAAGGUGCCACCCUUUACUCCACGUUCAGGGGUUAAAAUCCACGUCUCUGAUCAGGAGCUACAGAAUAGCAAUUCCUCUGUUGAUGACUCAAGAUUGGAGGAGCUGAAGGUCCAGCUGCCUUCUCCUGAGACUUCCCAGUUCAAACUCUGCGCCAUUGACUUUGAGAAGGAUGAUGACACCAACUACCACAUGGACUUCAUCGUGGCAGCAUCCAAUCUGAGAGCAGAGAACUAUGACAUUCCCCCUACUGACAGGCACAAGAGCAAACUGAUAGCUGGCAAGAUCAUUCCUGCCAUCGCCACGACCACAGCUGCAGUGGUGGGUCUGGUGUGCCUGGAGCUCUUCAAGAUUAUCCAAGGACACAAAAAGCUGGAGUCAUUCAAGAACGGCUUCAUGAACUUGGCCCUGCCUUUCUUUGCCUUCUCCGAGCCCAUCGCCGCUCCCAGACACAAGUACUAUGAAAAUGAAUGGACGUUGUGGGACCGCUUCGAGGUUGCAGGGAUGCAGCCCAACGGGGAGGAGAUGACACUCCGACAGUUCCUGGACUACUUUAAAAAUGAGCAGAAGUUGGAGAUCACCAUGCUUUCUCAGGGAGUGUCCAUGCUCUAUUCCUUCUUCAUGCCUGCUGCCAAACUGAAAGAGAGACUGGACCUGCCGAUGACAGAGAUUGUGACGAAGGUGUCUAAAAAGAAGCUGGGCAAGCAUGUGAAAGCCCUGGUGUUUGAGCUAUGCUGUAACGAUCUGUCAGACGAAGACGUGGAAGUGCCCUAUGUCAGAUACACCAUCCGCUGAGCUCCACACUGAACCCACCCACAGGAGGGUGGGAGUUACGGGGGGAGGGUGGGUGGGUGGGAGUUCUAAGUGAAGCUUUGAGGUGGGAAUUUUGGGGUGGGUGGGUUGAUCCAGGUCAGCUGUAUUGGAUCAAUCAUUUUUUUUAGGCCUGUGGUUUGUGUAAACCUGUGCCUGAGUGUACAUAGCCCCAGUAAGCUGACUUAAGGAUACCUGUAUGUGUGUUAGGGAUCCAGUUGUGCUCGGCUGUGGGAACAAGGGUGUCACCGGAGGGAAGGGAGCACGUACAGUGGACCUCCUGAUGUUUUUCAUUGGCAGAACCUUUUAGCUCAGUUAAAUUCUAAGCCUUAGAUCUCUUGGUUCUCAAUAACCCCAAGUUGUGUCCCUCUGAAACAUUCCGACACUCUUGAGCACUAAAGGAGGAAUGUUUUAAUCCAAACUGUCUCCCUUCCACUCUACUUGCUCUCUUCCCCUCCUCCAACCCCUGUUUCUUAGACCUGGCCCCACAUUACUGUUUUAUUUUAUUUUUCAGAGAUGCACCUCCAUAAGUAAAGUUCAGCCAAGAAACCCAAAUAUAGUAACACAUGUAUAAGAAUCAGUUUUGCCAUAUCACUGCCCUUAAUUUUACCUAAAAUUCCAAAUAUUAAACCAUUGAACCUGAAGACAAUUAAACCCGACUCAACUGCCUCUCCUGACUGGAUAAUUAUCUGAGUAUCUCACGUCGGCAGAAUAGGAACCCUUGCCGGUUUGAGCCGUCACCAGAUGUUUUCAGCACCCCUACUCCGACCUCAUCUAGCACUCUGUGGCUUCGGAGGGGCUCUUGCACAUGACAUCAGUUUUUCUCUUUAUUCUCUUUAUAUUUCAUGUGUUUUUGUUAUUUUUUAUUUUAUUUUCGGGGGGGGGGUGCAAACUUGAGUUUUUGCUCACACACCUCUUAGAUCAUAAACUGUCUUCUUUCUACUUUGUUAACUCCAAAUGACAUUACAGUAUAAGAGCAAGGCAAUGAGAUGUAUCUUGAAAUGGGAGCACUUAGUGUGAUAGUGAAUAAAGAUGUAAAAAAUUA